AUGCCAUCCCCCUCUCUGACGAUCGAAUUGAAGGUCAAGGUUGUCGCCACAAAAACCAUCAGACCGCCGUCUCCCACACCAGACCACCUGAAGAAUUUGAAGCUCUCCGUCUCCGAUCAGCUCCCUCACGUCCUCUACACUUUGAACACGAGCGCUUCGUCUCCCCACCGAUCGAGUCGUCUCAAGGCGUCGCUGUCCCGAGUGCUCGCUCAAUUCUACCCUCUCGCCGGGAGAAUCGGGGACAACCUCUACAUGAACGGUGAUCGCAAGGGCGGCGGCACCGAGUUCGUCCAAGCCGAAGUCAACUGCCCUCUCUCCCACGUCCUCGACCACCCCUGCCAGGACUUGCUUCGCAAGCUCCUCCCCAUCGACACCGAGUCCCCAGAGGUCUCCACCGGACGCCUCUUGCUUGUCCAGGCCAAUACCUUUGGCUGCGGCCACCUCGCCAACGAGGUCUGCUCGUCCGAAGGGUUUUGA